AUGAAAUAUCUUUUCGUGUUUUGCCUUUUCACACUCAUUGCCAAAGAUGUCCAAGCAUUGCUGAUAAACCAAAUGGACUGGAAGAACCUCCUCAGCAGCGGUGCCCUGGACCUAAACGUCUUGCGCUGCUUCCUGCGCGACAAGAACUUCUGCCCCAGUCCCCAUAUCGAGCAUCGACUGUUUGCGCCCAAUGGGCCACGUCGCGGAGUGGCUUUGAAUGUAAAAUCCCCGACGAGUCUGUACCAGGGCGGCUUCGGAAAGCAUCGGGAAACGGUCUUCAUAAUCCACGGCUUCAACGGCACAGCCAUUGACGUGCAUCUGCAGUUCCUGAGGGAUGCAUAUUUAUCGCGCGACUUCAACGUGAUUACCGUGGACUGGCGGCCCUUGACGCGAUAUCCCUGUUAUCUGCAUUCCCUCAUAAACACCAGACUCACGGCGCAGUGCACAGCACAGAUCUAUGCAUUUCUCACCCAUUAUGGCGCCGUCAGAGAAAAAAUCACCUGCGUGGGCCAUUCCUUGGGGGCCCACAUCUGUGGCAUGAUCAGCAACCACUUGACCAAGAAGCAAUAUCGCAUAAUAGGCCUGGAUCCGGCCCGUCCUCUAAUCGAACGAAAGAAGAGCAACACCUUCCGCCUAUCUCUCGACGAUGCUAGUGUCAUACAAGUUCUCCAUACAAACGCCGGAUUCCUCGGCCAGGAGGACAACACGGGGCACCUCAAUUACUGCGUAAACGGAGGGCGUAUCCAACCGUACUGCAAGGGAAAUCCCAUUAGACGAUACCGCUGUUCGCAUUUCCUGAGCAUUUGUUACCUGGCCUCGGCCACGUACAAGCAUAAGAAGUUCGUGGGCGUGCCCUGCCCCAAUGGGUGUCAGAAUAUCAGCGGGCCCAAGCGAUUGCCAGUCAGCGGUAAAAUGAAUCCGUUCGAGUUUGUCUCGCUUCUGCGGGAGUACCAUAUAGGCAACGAUGCCCCGGACGACGCCCGUGGCUGCAUUUGCAUAGAUGUGCCUUAUGCCAAGCACUGCCCCUUCACGGAUAUGUAGAAGCUGGCCACCAACUAGGUUUUCACUACAAAAUAUAGCUGUUGGCAAUA